CUUCACGACGUAUGGCGGCGGGAGGAGAGCAGCUCGCGUUGAGAUACGACCGCACUGUCCCGCUGGCACGGUAUCUCGCGAUGAAUGGCGCGCAGGCGAAGCUGUGGCAGGUCGGGAAGGUGUACGACAAGAUCGGCGAGUACGUCAGGCGCAAGGGCGAGCCCGAGCGGCUCGAGCAGCUCAUGGCUGACACCACUCCUGACGAACGCGAGCGCCAAGGCCGGCAUCAACGAGACGGCCAUCCUCUACGGGUACUAUUCUGGUCAUACAAGGUGAUCGACUGCCUCUCGUUUGAUAUGUCCCUCGGGCGCGGCCUCGACUACUACACCGGCAUCAUCUACGAGGCCAUCGGCGAGGUGUCCGCGCCCGCCCGCCCGGAUUCAACGCCACCAAUGUGUUCGCAGACGCGCCUGCGUCCACCGCGCCCUCUGCAACGCAGGCGCCGAAGAAGACGAAGAAGGCGCAGACGGGGCAAGACGAGGAUGCCGAGAUCGAUGAAUUGACAGUGGGCAUGGACUCGAUCGCCGCUGGCGAGCGGUACGACAACCUCGUGAGCAUGUUCACCGCCGCCGCUGCGGGCGAAGGCAAGAAGGCGCCGACAUUUCUUUGCACAGCUCUGGGUUCAAUUAUUCGAGUAAGUUACCAUCGUUCAUACUAACGGAGCUCGCCUGCUGCAGCUCACGGAACUCUCCUCGGCGCUGCACUCUCUCGUGCUCUCGUGUGCAUCUCUCGGCAUCGCGUAGAUAUUUCCAACCAGUGUCGUCCCUUAUACCAAUUUGAAAACAGUAGAACUACAACACUAUCCUUAUACUAUUCCGG